UGAUAGACGCGUCGUCUCCGGAGCGGUGGGUGUCGAUGUCGCCCGUUACAGAACGAGGAUGCUGCUUAAAAGUUGAAACCCUCCCUCGAAGAGUAGACGACCUCCUCCUCCUCCUCUUCCUCCUCCUUCUCCUUCUUCUUCUCUGUCUUCUCCUUCGUUCGCAUCUGCAAUCCGCCCUUCCAAAGCGAGGGAGAAUGGCGAUGGUAUCGGCUCUAGCCAAGUACAAGUUGGUGUUCUUGGGAGAUCAAUCGGUGGGCAAAACUAGCAUCAUCACUCGCUUCAUGUACGACAAAUUCGAUAUCACGUAUCAGGCAACCAUUGGAAUUGAUUUUCUAUCCAAAACAAUGUACCUAGAAGACCGUACUGUGCGUCUUCAGCUCUGGGAUACUGCUGGACAGGAGAGAUUUAGAAGUCUUAUUCCAAGCUACAUUAGAGACUCUUCUGUUGCAAUUAUUGUUUAUGAUAUAUCUAAUCGGCAAUCAUUCUUAAACACUUCAAGGUGGAUUGAGGAAGUGCGAACAGAAAGAGGCAGUGAUGUUAUCAUAGUUCUUGUUGGGAACAAGACAGACCUUAUUGACAAAAGACAAGUCUCAAUGGAAGAAGGAGAAACGAAAGCUCGUGAGUCUGGAGUGAUGUUUAUCGAAACCAGCGCUAAGGCUGGAUUCAACAUCAAACCAUUGUUCCGCAAAAUUGCCGCUUCCCUCCCUGGGAUGGAAUCACUCACCUCCACCAAGCAGGAGGACAUGGUUGAUGUUAAUUUGAAGACGACGACAACUUCAGCGCAGCCACAACAGCAAUCGAGUGGAUGUGCAUGCUAGAGAUCAUUCUGAAGGUGUACCAUCAGCAUACGCUUGAAGAUGAUUCAACCAAAUACUUUUUCAGAUGAGAACCAGCCGUAGAGUUGUUGCACCCGAUCUUCCAUUUUAGAAUGUAUUGUUUGGCAUUUGUUUGAGUUUGUCAUUAGAUGUCUGGUGUGCAUAGUUAAGAGUUCCUUCCAAUUCUUGUUUCCCUUAGUAUUACAAGCAUGCUUGCUGCUAGAUUUAAAUUACAAAUGUUGAUUUACUUGGCAAUUUUUCCCCCUUUGUAUAAUGAUGCACAAUUCAAGUAUAUGUGAAAAAUUAAAGGUGAGUUUAAUCACUUGAUAAUCACAAUUCA